GAAAGAGCCAGGAGAGGCCGGUCGCUAGGGCCAACCAACGCUCGGCUGCCAGUUUGGUUGCAUGAGUGGUUGGGAUUAGGCUCGAUUCAAGGCUCGAUUCAGAGCGCCUUUUGUCUGUGGUGUCUCUGAUUCUUAAGACCUACGUUGACUGCCAUUAAGACAACAUUCGCACCAUGGAAGCAGGGACGUAUAAAGCAACCAGGCGAUAAAAAAUUGAAGGGAUUUAAGAUGUCUUUACCUUCUUACCGUGAGAAAAUCGACAGAAUAACAUUCAAUCCGAAAAUUUUACUAAGUCAUUAAGAGACUAAGAUUUUCCGUUGGUUUUACAGUCGAAAGGAAUCACGCGAAACACAGUGACGGAAGGCUUUUCUAUAAAGAUCAAACUGUGGUUUAGCAUCUGCGGUAUCAGGAUAAUCAACCAAAGAAUUACAGGAUAUUCCCCGAACUCCCAAACGACUAUGGCCUUCAAGGAUCACUGCCAGACUUACGAGACCACCCACUCCUUCAACCUACCUUACUGACGCACUGGGAGACCGUCGUCCCUCGGGCUCCCGUCGAAGGGCGCCCACAUCGGUCCUGACUUACUGAUGCCUUUGCCGCGCCGCAAAGGCUGCUGCGGCAAAGGCAGCGUAGGAGCAGGUAUCGUCCCGAGCGACCAUGGAACGACAGCCGACUCAGAUCAUACUAUCGCCCGCUGGCAUGAACAGCGACAGGCGAUACUCCAAGAGUAAGAACCCGACGACACCGGCCCUUAUCGCUCGGCCCAAAGGCACCAAGAGGACAAGUGGGAGCAGCGGGGGGAACGGCGGAGGAGUUAAGGGAGAGGAUUUGCAAAUAGCUGAAAGACUCAAAGCAAUCCAGGAGAGGCGAGAGCGCCUGCAAGCCAAAAUCGAACUAGGAAGGCUGCCCCCAAUUCCGCCGUCGAAAAACGCUUCCGCUGGAAGCCAGAAAACUCUAGACGCCAACUCCCUCUCGCCCAACUGGAGAGCCAAGGAGAGCAGGCAGUCCAAAAUAGGUACCCCUCCCCAGAUCUCCAUUUCGCAGCCCGAAAACCACAAGAUUAAGAUUCCCUUGGUUCGUCUAUCGCCGCUGCCGUGA